CCCGAGUUUGUCCCUGAAUACUCUUCCUCUUCCUCUUCCGACGCUUCUACCUCUUUCAGCAUCCAAAAAAUGCCUCAAAUCUUCUUUGAAAAACUAAUAUUUUGUCUACUGAUCUUCUCACUCAACGCGCGUUCCCUCUACGCCCGUCCGUUCAUUCUCGUCCUUUCACAGGACGACAUCAACGACACGCCGCCGUCUCCUCUGGAUGACGACUCGACCGACUGGGACAACUUCGGCGACUCGGAGACGGAUCCCGAGGAGAACCUGGAUCCGGGUUCGUGGAGCCCCAUAUUCGAGCCUUCGAUGGACCCUGACGCGCUGAAUCGGAGCUACUAUGCCACCGUCGCCAAGAUGAUGUCCGCCUUCAGUAACGGCGAAGUGCGGCUGAUGCAGGAGGCUGCGGACGAGAUUGAAGCCGCGGCUAACGAAGGUGAGCCACACGCUCGGUCGGUGCUGGCGUUUUUGUACGGUAUGGGGAUGAUGAGAGAGCGGAACAAGGCCAAGGCUUUUAUGUAUCAUCAUUUUGCCGUUCAAGGUGGGAACAUUCAAUCCAAGAUGGCUUUGGCGUACACGUUUUUGCGCCAAGAUAUGCAUGAGAAUGCUGUUAAAUUAUAUGCUGAAUUAGCUGAGAUAGCAGUGAAUAGUUUUUUGAUUUCUAAAGAUUCACCUGUGAUUGAGCCGGUUAGGAUUCAUAGUGGAGCUGAAGAGAAUAAGGGGGCUUUAAGGAAGUUGCGAGGGGAGGACGAUGAGGCCUUCCAGAUCCUCGAGUAUCAGGCACAGAAAGGGAACGUUGGGGCAAUGUACAGAAUUGGUUUGUUUUACUUCUUCGGGCUGAGAGGAUUGCGGCGUGAUCAUGCCAAGGCAUUGGCAUGGUUUUCAAAGGCUGCAGAUAGGGGUGAGCCCCUGUCCAUGGAAUUUCUUGGAGAGAUAUAUGCAAGAGGAGCUGGUGUUGAAAGGAACUACACCAAGGCACUUGAAUGGCUCACACUUGCUUCUAGACAGCAGCUUUAUUCGGCUUAUAAUGGAAUGGGGUAUUUGUAUGUCAAAGGCUAUGGAGUGGAAAAGAACUACACCAAAGCAAAAGAGUACUUUGAGAAGGCAGCGGAGAAUGAUGAGGCGGGUGGGCAUUAUAACCUUGGAGUAAUGCAUCUUAAAGGGAUCGGAGUAAAGAGAGAUGUAAGGGCAGCAUGUAAAAAUUUUUUAGUGGCUGCCAAUGGGGCUCACCAGAAGGCAUUUUACCAGUUGGCAAAAAUGUUUCACACAGGUGUGGGCCUCAAGAAGAAUCUCCAAAUGGCUACUGCAUUGUACAAACUAGUUGCGGAACGAGGACCAUGGAGUUCUUUGUCUAGAUGGGCACUUGAAUCAUACUUGAAGGGUGAUGUGGGUAAGGCAUACUUCUUGUAUGCAAGAAUGGCUGAGCUAGGCUAUGAGAUAGCACAAAGUAAUGCUGCAUGGAUCCUUGACAAAUAUGGUGAACGAAGCAUGUGCAUGGGAGAAACUGGCUUAUGUACUGAUGCAGAAAGGCAUCAUUGUGCUCAUACUUUGUGGUGGCAAGCUUCUGAACUGGGUAAUGAACAUGCUGCUUUGCUGAUUGGGGAUGCAUAUUACUAUGGCCGGGGAACUGAAAGGGAUUAUGAGCGUGCAGCAGAGGCUUACAUGCAUGCUAGAUCCCAAGCCAAUGCACAGGCCAUGUUUAAUCUUGGAUAUAUGCAUGAACAUGGGCUAGGACUUCCACUUGAUCUUCAUCUUGCCAAACGGUACUAUGAUCAGGCCCAAGAGAUUGAUCCUGCUGCAAAAUUACCUGUUACACUUGCCCUCACAAGUUUGUGGAUACGAAAGAACUAUGCCGACAGUUUCAUGGUUCACAUGAUCGAUUCAUUGCCAGAAGUCUAUCCAAAAGUAGAGGCAUGGGUCGAUAAUGUCAUUUUGGAAGAAGGUAAUGCAACAAUAUUAACUCUCUUCCUCUGCCUUCUCACUGUCUUGUACCUUCGUGAUCGGCAACGUAGGAACGCUGUUCAGCCGGCUGGUGAGGUGGCAUUGCCAAACCAGCUCCAUGAGCAUGCAGCUCCAGCAAUUCAUUAAUCGUCGGCAGAGUUUGUAUUUCAAAACUGUAAGGUAUUGGGUCUUCCCAACCAUGGAUACUUUCACAUGUACAGAAAGAGGUUUCCUUCUUCAGGUAGAAAGAGCUUCAUACGUUGUUGUAUUUGGACCAUAGAGAAGAAAGAAGGAAUAAGAAGUAUUCUCUUGCCAGGCAAAAUUUGAAAGAUACUGUAUUGACCAUAGAUUUUGUUGUGGAGAAACUUGUGUUGUGAAAGAUAUAGAGAGUCUUGUGAUUUGUUGUUCUUUGUACUAAAAGCAAUUUUUUGGCCUUUUAGAAUGAUUGUAUGCUAAAUAUUUACUCAGAUAUUUUUUUUUUCUAGUUUAAGGAACGCCAUAAGUAGAUUGGGUUA